UCUGUAUUGCCAUCUGAUGCAGUUAAUUGUGUUGUACAGUAUCACUCCUGCUCUUCGUCAGCUGGUGUAUUACUAUGGAGUACGUCAAGGAGACCAAAAAGAUUGGCAAAAGGUGUUAGAAGCGGUCCAGACAACUACCGUUCCUUCAGAGAUCCAACCCCUUCUCAUGGGACUGGCUGGCUCAUCCAAAGAAGAUGCAUUAUUGAAUUACCUUAAGCUCGGCCAGAAUCAGUCCAUAGUCAAGCAGCAGUUUGCCAAAUACAUGUACGAUUUUGUUGCGAACCGCAAUCCAGUUGGACACAAGGUAGCAUUGAACUUCAUUCUUCCAAGGGCUGACUUGAUGGGUCAUUUGCCAGUGGUAUCCAAGAGGUUUUCUACCACCUAUCGUAUGCAACAGCUUAAGGAUUACAUCGAAAAGAAUUUAAACGGAGAAGAGAUGCUACGACAGUUCAAGAAAGCUUUGGAACUCGUUAGACUGAAUGGCGCCUGGCUGGAGGCUCAUGAAAAAGACCUUGCAAACUGGUUGGACUGGUACACAGUGAAGUAUAACUUGGCAGCUGAUGAUGGCUUGUAUGAGUGAAAUAUAGAAAGGUCCUAAAGGCGCGAUUACACGGCGCAAUUUCAUCUGCAACUUGUCUCGCAGCCGCGUUGCGACACAAGUUGCAUUGCAGCGUGUAACCUUCAGCGGAAUAUGAAAAACGUUGCAAGACAAGUUGCAGCAAUCGUUGUGAAAAGUAGAAUUCGUUUCUACUUUUGGCAACAAUUGCGUCUCCGUUGCACCGUGUAGACAUUCAAAAUUGCUAUGCGUAAUCACGCCUUAAACAUGUUCGUGAGUUCAACGUUAAUCAUGAUAAUGUUAGCAUCAUAACCAGCCUAAGUCACGUGACCUGUUUGAGGCUCACAUUUAGUAGCAAUUGUUGAGAGAGAAUUACAUUUGAGGUUCGUAAAUAAUUUCUAGUAUAAACGGAGAAAAAUCUCUCCCUAAUAAUUCAAAUAAUUAAAUUACCUUUGUAUUUAAAGAAAAGAAAGCUAAAAGCUUUCGACUUCGGUCUCAGGAGCCAAAAGCUGAGCCAGAGGGCAGUUGGUCCCAAUAGCCACGUACAUGGGCCCCGUCAGUAUUGGAUAGGUAUUUUGACUGAGUCAAGGACACGAAUUUGUUAUUCUGAUUGCUAUAACGAUGUUUUUUGGUUGUUUGACUGAAUGUAAUUCAAGUCAGCAGCUAUAAAGAAACCUUGCUCGCCUUGUAAUGCGUGAGUGUACAGACGUAUGCGGAUCUGAACGACGAUCUAAACAGAAGUGCAUGUAAUAUGAUCAGUGUCAGUGGCUUUUUACUGUAUUGGAAUGAGGAUCCUCUGGCCUCUCUAAAAAUAUAACAAUCCUGUCGCUUGUUGAAAAUACGCGAAGAAAAAUCUUUUUCUUUUCUUUUCUUUUGAUGUGUUUUAUUUCCUAGAGAACAAUAGAACCUUCUUAAAAUAUGUGUAUGUAUGUAUUUACAAGCUUGUGUUUCGAUAGCAACUAAAAAACCUGUCAGGAAGACUAGGUCUGCCAAUCAACUUAUCAGUAGUUGUGGUUGUUGUUAAUGCAGUGGAGGGAAAUGAUUAGUGAGGUCAGUUUUAUUCUAUUGAUGCCUAAAGUAACCUGCAGGCCGCUAGCUGUAUUUUGAUAUAAACAUCGUAAAAGCUGUAAAGUUCUAUUGGCAAUAAACAUCUAAAUGCCAUCUCAA